AUGGAAUUUACAGAUGAAUGUAUUAAAUUCUUUAUCAAGGAGGGUAUGGGUUGGAUUGGUGCAAGACUUGAAAAGGAGUAUAUUUCAAAAAUUUGGUACAAUUCUUCUGCGAAUGUUUUCGGAUUAACUUAUUCGAAUAGUAUUGCCCCAGUCCAGGAUAUUGAUUCUCAUCCGAAAUGGGGUGUUUGUUUCAAGCCUAAAACCAAAUUUUCAGUUUCGAAUUUUAACAAUUUUUUCGAACCUUAUGGAGAAAUAACAGCCGAAAGGCCAACAACGACAGACAUUGCCUGUAAUAUUCCAGGGGAGAAGUUUACUCCUUGUGAAUUUGUGAACAGGGUAAGGGAAGAAAAGCAAUUACUCUCUCCCAAGAAAAACAAAAAGAUAAUCAAAAAUGAUAGUGAAUACGAGCUUUCUGAAGACGAAGUGAAUAAUAUCGAGACAAUAAGUCAUAAAAAGGACCUAAAGUCUUUGAAAGAGAAAAAGAGAAAAAUUGAAGAAAAGGUGACAGAUAAUUCGCCUGAAAAACCUCCUACAAAGAAAAUUAAAAAAGUUGUGGAAAAAACAAAACAAGAACUAUCAUCUUCAGAUAGUGAGGACAUUUCAGAUACUGACAUUGUAACAAAACACCAUGUGACACGAUCCAAAACAAAAUCUGUCAGAGCCAACUUGGAUUUGGAUAAAGUUGUCCUUAGCAAGUAUAGCAUUCAGAUAACAUUACGUGAUAUUUCAAGAUUGGAACCGGAUGAAUUCUUAAAUGAUAAUAUAAUUGAUUUUUAUUUGAGAUACAUAGAGGAGCAGUUUCAUGGAGCAAAGGCUAGACAAGUUAAAAAUGAUUUUUAUAUUUUUAAUACUCACUUUUAUCAAUUGCUCAAAAAAGAUUCAAGUAGAGCUGCAGAAAGAAUAGCUAAAAAUGUUACUCUAUUCGAAAAGAAAUUAAUAUUUAUUCCAGUGAAUGAAAAUGUGCACUGGUCCUUAAUUGUUAUUUGUAAUCCUAAUGGAACAAGUGUAAAAAAAGAAAAAUUAGAUCUUACCAAGAAGUAUCCAGCUGAUGCCAGGAUGUUGAUGUAUUGUGAUUCGUUGGGGGGUGCUAUUCCCACCAACACAACCAAACGUGUAAGAGAAUUCUUGGCAAAGAGAUACUCAUUCGAGAAUCCAAACGAAAAACCAGUGACUUUUACUGCUGAUAAUUUCCCUGUUGGAAAGGCUAAUCUUCCAAAACAGGAUAACCAUGUUGAUUGUGGUGUAUUUAUGAUCCAUUACAUCCAACUUCUUGCUUGUACUAAAAUAGAAAACUUGCCACUCGAUGCACCUGAGCUUUUCCAAACAAGCGAUAUUCCCACCAAGCGAGAAUCUAUAAAAAGAGAAAUAGAAUUUGAACUAUUGCAAAAUCCUCAACCAACACAGGUUGACCAAUCAUUUAAUAGCCAAAGUGACUCAGUUAUGGCAAUAUCCCAAUUAGAAGACUCAGUUAUGAAAGAAGCUUCUGCACACAACGAGGAAUCGCCCAACACUGAAAAAUUAGAAAGUGAUGGAGAGAAAGAAGUAAAGACCAAAGAAACAACACAAGACUCAGAGGAUUUAUUUACAGAAAAGGUACUGGAGUGUGAUUCUGAAAAUUAA